AUGAGCUCUGCAAGCCUCCCCUCCAUUGUCGAUAGGUCCAACGAGAGCAUCGCCGCCAACAAAGAAAAGGCAGAGCUUAUUCGGGCUGCAUGUGAGACCCGGGAUAUACGUUCCUUGAUCGAACUCGCAAAUAGCGCAGACGGUCUGCUCGCCGACAGCUUGCGUCGCACAGCUUGGCCGAUUCUCUUGGGAUGCCCUACAGAACAGACAGAAAGCGAAUCAUGGAGGUCUCUGCCACCUCACCGAGAAGAAGAGCAGGUUGCUAAGGAUGUGAACCGAGCCUUCGUGCACUACCCCAAGGAGUCAGACCGCCAAUUGGACAGACGGAAAGAAGAACUAUCAGAUGUCAUUGUAGAAGUCCUGCGGCGCCAUCCUGCGUUGUGCUACUUCCAGGGCUAUCAUGAUAUAGUUCAAGUUCUAUACCUCGUCCUCGGUGCGCAAGCCGCCCCCGCUGCUGCCACUCGUCUCAGUCUCCUCCGGAUCCGUGACUUUAUGCUUCCAACGCUUGAUGCCGCAAUCUCCCACCUCGAGUUGUUGCCUUCCCUCCUUCGCGCCGUUGACCCCCAGCUCUAUAGCCACCUGCCGAGAAUACAACCCCAUUAUGCCUUGGGCGCCACUCUUACGCUCUUCUCGCAUGUAGUGGAGGAAUAUGGGGAUAUAACAAGGUUGUUUGACUUCUUCCUUGCAAAUGAUACGGUUGUGCCCGUCUAUGCCUUUGCUGCGAUAUUGCUAUCACGAAGGGAGGAACUGCUUGAGCUAGAUGAGGAUGAAGGGGAUGCCGUUUUCUUCGUUGUGCUCGGAAAGCUACCGAAACCGUUUGAUGUCGAAGUGCAUGUAAAGAGCACGCUGGAACUAUAUCAGAAGGCCCCUCCCGAAUCACUGCGAAGCUGGUCCUGGUGGAAGAUCUCGUCCUCCAGUGUUUUAAAAGCCACUCGAACGCCUUACGAUGUGGCCAAGAUGUCCAUCGCAGACGGAGAAACGCUCUUCCAACGGCAGUCUCGAGACUUGCGCAUUCAGCAGGCUUGCCGGAGCUCACUGCUCAUCACCCGACGAUUGAGACUGCAGGUCUGGCGCCACCGAAGACCAGGUGCGAUUGGUCUGGCGAUCGCCGUUGGGAUUUUCGCUCUGUGGCUUGGAAAAGGCCGAGGAAGCACUGGCAUGGAAUUCUACAAGACCAUUUUGGGUGUAUUUGUGUAG